GUCAUACCCCUCUCCUUCCCUCCAAAUAAAAAGCCUCCCCGCCACCGGCUCGCAAACGGGAAAAAGAAGGGCGGAUCUCUCCGCCCCAACAUCUCUUCCGUUUGCGCGCGCUCCGGUGUUGCACCGUUCAAGCAGAGUCUUCCCAACCUUUCCUCCAUAAAACAACAUUUUCUCUCUCUCUCGCGCAGAGCACAACAAUGUGCGGGAGCUCGGCAGGCUGCCGGACCUUCCGGUGCCUGAUCUACCUCGCCCUGAUGGUCUCCUGCGUCACGUUCCUCGUGAUCGUCACCGUGAUCAACCUGCGGUACGGGCCCGUGGCCCGUCCCCUGGAGAUCCGGAUCCCUCCCGUGGCCGUGGAGCUGGACCUGUCGAACUCGACCCAACCCUGGCUGUCGUUCGUGAACGGGAGCACGAUCCGGUUCUCGAACCGGAAGGACCACCUCAACAUCACGAUCCGGCGCGUGGAGGCGAUCUUCAUGUACCGGGGGAUCCCGGUGUCGUGCGUGCUUGAGGACCGGCCGCUUCGGCUCCGCGGGCGGAGCGAGGCGGCGGUGGAGAUGGAGGCGGUGAUGUGCGACCGGGGAGGGAAGUUCACGCACGGCGGGUUCCCGUACACUGAGGACAUGUUGACCGACGCGCGGGAGAAAGGGAGGAUGCGGAUGGGCUUUGUGAUGAACGUUCGGGCCGGGUACUCGCACUGGCCGUGGGCCUGGGAGGUCUUGCUCCGGCCCGAGUGCACGGAGUUCUAUGUCAGGUUAGGGAAGUCGGGGAAGGUUAGUAACAGUAAGAACAAUAUCCAUGAUAAGGAUGUGUUUCCCGGAACGGGGAGCGUCACUUGUAUUAUUACCGAUCCUUUGUGGGUUAGGUGAUAGAUAUGUGCAAUUAUUCUUUUUUUUCUUUUUUAAAUGAUGAUCAAUAUUAUCAUUGCUCAUCUUUUUCUUUUCUUUUUCGUUAAUCUUUCCCUAUGAAUGAAUUUUUGAUUCAUUGUUCUGUUGGUGUGAUGAUCAAAUAUAUCCAGAAGAUCAUGUGAGUCAAAAAUGUUGAUAGAGGUGUGAUGUGUUGAUGAAAUGGGUUUGAGUUUUAGUAACGGGAUGUUGUUGUUGUUACGUAGAGAGGUGAGAAUGGAACUUGGAAACAUGUUCCUAAUUAGGGAAGCAAAUGGUGCAACUUGUUUUCUCCCUCCAAAUCUCAAUGGAAUGAGAGGAUUGUAUGAUUGAUUACUCUCAAUAUCAUUGCUAAUCUUUCUUUUUCGCCCCCUAGCUACUUCUCCUUUGGUUUCUAUGAUUGCGUUUCUGAUACAUUGUUAUGAUAAAUGAUGAUCAAAUAUAUUUAAAAGAUCAAGAGUCAAAAUCGCUUAUAGAGGUGUGAAAGUAUUGGAUGUUGUGUGAGAGAGACGAAAAUGGAAUUUGAAAACAUUUUCCAAGGGAAGCAAAAUGUGCAACUUCUGUUAUGACUCAUUCGAAAUCUUGGUGGAAGGAGAGAUUUGUAUUGGUAGAUAUCCCUUCUAUAUCUGAUUGAUAAAUCGAAAAAUAAUUGAUCACAAAAGGUGGAAAUUGAGAUAUAAGCCUUGAUUUCUUAAAGAAUUGGGUUUAUAAACGUUGACCAGCGCUUGUGGGUGUCAUAUUUAAUUAUUUAUGAACCAAAGUUAUUGCGUUGAGGUGUUUUGGUAAUUUAAGUAUGGAGAGAUAAUUUGCAUGUUUGAGGCUUUGAGCUUGAGUGCUUGACCUUUUGCUGGGAGCUUUUGUUUUGGGCAUGUUGCAUACAACGACAAUAUAAUUUGGAUUUAUUUCAUGGGUUUCGAAAUUGGUAUCCUUAAUUGGGCUUUCUUGGGCUUUCUAAGGCUGGCCAUUGAGACCGAGUUUUAUAGUUGAUUUUGACGGCCCAAGAUCAUCGUACCACCUUUGGGCCUAGGAUGAUCCUCUAAUCCAGGUAUAAUACUAAGCCUACAUAUCUACACGUUCCUCAAAAUAAUUACAACCAUUAUUUUUUAAAGUAUGAUAUAAUUUUACUUUUUUGUGAUUAGGUGUUACUUUAGAUAUUCGAAUUUGUAACUUCCAAGUUCAACACUAAGUGGUAUUACCAUACGACCUAUCACCUAUUGUUCUCCCAUCAUUUUUUGGGAUUAAGCACGAGAUCUCCUUAUAAAAGUCUUCAACAUUAUGUAACGAAUAAAUUUAAACAACUCAUCUAUUGAAGAAGAUUCAUAAACGUCCUCGAAAUGAAAACCAACUCGCGUAAUUGAAGAUUACACUAGCUAGCCAUACCCUUAUGCUUAAACUCAACUGCAGCUAAAAUUGGUCACCAAACUUCAAACUCAACAUCGCUCAACCAAAACCCUGAUAUCAUGUAAAUAACCAGUUCAUCCCAACAACUCGCACAACCUACAACCUGCACUUUGGUUGUCCAUCUGUCUCCAUGAACUUAUAUCCACACCUAAGCCCGAAAUGUGAUUCUUUGUAAGUCUACCAAACCUCUUCCCAACACUAGAACCAUUCCAAAACACCAAAGUGAUGACAAACCUCCCAAAUCCGCACAAGUCAAGGAAUCCACCGUCCCUCCAUGGAAAAGAAGAAGAUGGAGACUUCAUUAUAUUGGUUUCUUUUGCUUGCAGUUGAAGGGGUGCAAGAAAAAACGUUACCAUUUGAACCAAACAUCAUGAAGUGUCCCCCUUAGCUCUGCCUGGUCAAAACAAUAUGAUUAAUAUUUGAUCAUAUUGGAUCAAUCAAUAAUACUCAUGAUUCACGCCUGAUUAAUCAAUCUAAUUAACGAGGUAAGUAAGCCUGAAACUUUUGUUGGUCAACCAACUUUGAUAACUUUAGUACUCCACAAAUGCUCAAAUGGUUGAGUUGAGAAAUAUUGAAGGAAAGGAAAACAAAAUAAGAUAGAGACAGAAGGCUUUCCACGAGUCCUCUCUAGAAGUACAUUGUUACAUUGCACUGUCAAAGUCCAUUACCAACCAUCACUCAAUCUAAGCUUAGGCAACUAACCUAACCAUUAAUCUUAUUAAUGAAUCACUAACCUACUUAACCAUUUUGUUUCAAAAGCAAAAUAUGAUUCCUUCUCCACUUGUAUAUGUUGUCAUCAGCAUGACCUAGGCGUGAAACUGCAAUACCCUACUACUCCAGUUCGCGAUAACUUGUCUGUUUCCGACGAAGGAUUUCGAUAAACCGGUGCUUCUGAUUAAUAAUUUGUCUAACUUUGCGAUACGAUUAGGGAACCCGGCUCUGUAUUUCGAGGACAAAGUGAUGUAGUACAAUGUAAUCACAUGAAUUUGCAAUUAGCAUUCACCAUAGAAAUAAAUUUUCAGAUUCAACUCUCUAAUAUGUCUCUACUCUCUACUUCUACUACGAGUCAUCGCCUCUUUGACAUGUGUAAACUUUUACCUAAUAUGUUUAGGUAAUUGUUGCCUGGCGGCGAGUAAUUUCUUGUUCCCAUGUCAAUAAGUGUGGACUCUCUGGCUCACUGCUUCAACAAAAACAAGAAACAAAGAGUAUCAAUUAAAUCUCAGUUCCUACCAAGUUGUUGAAUUAAGUAACAAUCUUGUCUUGUAUGAUUUAUUCUCUUGUAUUUUUACUCAUUAGUUUGAAAUCUAUAUGCAUUAUUAUUCUUUUUAAUAGAAUGAUAUAAGAUAUUAUUUUCGUUGGCUAUCAACAACUCGAGUUAUUGGGGAUCAAAGUGUUCUCGAAAAGGUAUAUGACCCUUUAACUAUGAGGUUACAUAACGAUCAUCAAAUUUUUUAUAAGGGUGAAAUAGAUUUGUUUUAAAUAUUAGGUGCUACUUGUUGUAAAUGGUAUAUGAUCUAUUUUUGAACCUCUUCCAACAACUCUAGUUAUUGAGACUAACUGAUUCUUAAGUCUUAACAUAUGGUAGUAGACCCUUCGACUUUUGUGACUUGAAAGGUCUUCUUUUCGAAUCCCGUUGUCCCCAUGUGUUUUGUUAAGCAUAUGAUAUAUACAGUGGCGGAUACAUGGUGAUUUAGGGGUGUCCUGGGACACCCCUAAAUUUUGGGAACACGAUUAUUCAACCCCCGGUAGUAGUUUCGUAUGUAUAAACAAAAUAUAAUUAGUAAUUUAGGACACCCCUAAAAUUUUAAUAAAUGAUUAUCUUACCC